AUGCGCCCGCCUCUAGGAAUGCAAGAACUUCGAAAAAGAGCAUCGAUGUUCAUCAGAGUCGAGGAGAUGCGACAUUACCAAGACAGGGUCCGGAACAUCCCAACCCACCCGGAAGCUAAAAGGGGCGGUAGAGAGCCGGGAGGUCGAGACCAAAACCGCCUCCGAGACAGAAAGCAAGCCAGAUUCUCUAACUACGCCCCCCUUAAUGCCCCCAAAUCCCGUAUUCUUGAUGAAGUAUUGCAAGCUGAACUCAUCGCUCCACCUAAGAGAUUCCAAAACCCGCCAAACGCCGACCUAAGCAAGUAUUGCCACUACCACCGCAACAACGGCCACACAACAGAGGAGUGUAAGACUCUUCGCGACAAAAUAGAAGAACUUGUACGGGCCGGCCACCUGCGACACUAUGUUAGAAACACAACUGAAGGGAACCCCAGGACCCAACACGAGAAAUACCCGCAAAGGAACAUUCCACGAAGGGAGGAUACGAGAAACGAACCAAGAGAAUCCAGACAAGAACCUAGGAGAAGCACAAACUCUGAACGAAGGAGGGAGGAACCACCUCAAGGGGGGAGGCGCCCAGAAGAAAGACCCCCCCUGAGAGGGACGAUAAACACCAUAUCAGGAGGAUUUGCUGGAGGCGGAUGUUCCUCUUCUUCUAGAAAAAAGCACCUGAGGGCAGUCCAGUCUGUCCACGCCGUCUGGAGGGGACCCAGAAGAAGAAUGCCACCAAUCACUUUCAGCGACUCUGACUUCCAAGGAGUCGACGCCAACCAAGAUGACCCUGUGGUCAUAACCAUAGAACUCGAAAACUUCGCCGUAAAGAAGGUGCUAAUCGACCAAGGAAGCUUAGUAGAUAUCAUAUACUGGAAGACUUUCCAACAGCUCCAGAUCCUCGCUGAAGAACUGAUACGACGAACCCAUAUACGGAUUUUCUGGCGAAAGGGUGCCAACCCGAGGAUAUGUGGACCUUCACACCACCUUCGGAGAAGGGAGACAGACUAG